CUGAGCGGACAAUUUGAGGACUAGUUCUGAUUAACAGCAGACUUAUUAUUUUUCGUAUUACGUAUCAUACUUAAAAAAACAAAACGUACAUAUAUACACACAUAUAUUCACCCACAUUGAAGAUGCAAGAUGAAGAAAGAUACAUGACAUUGAAUUUACAAUUGAAAAAAAGGAGUUCUAGCCAAACAUCCCAACUUAAAUUUAAAGAUUGUUCUGUGAUGUUGCACUGGUAUAAAAUCUUAUUGGGGAUAUCUGGAACAGUAAAUGGUAUUCUGGUUUUGACUUUGAUCUCCCUGUCUUUACUGGUUUCUCAGGGAAUAUUGCUAAAAUGCCAAGAAGCAAAGAAUUCAAAUAUCACCCAACAUGAUGAUAUUGGAAACCUGAAAAUGAACAGUGGCACAAGAGGAAAUAUAACUAAUAAGGACACAAGCCACUGUGGUUCAAAAGCUACAGACCAUUCAGGGUUGUGCCCAUCUGAAUGGCUCAAAUAUCAAAAAAAGUGUUAUUGGUUCUCUAAUGAGAUGAAAAGUUGGAAUGACAGUUACAGGUAUUGUUUGGGAAGAAAAUCUCAUCUACCAAUCAUUCAGGACCAACUUGAAAUGGCUUUUAUACAGAAAAACCUAAAACAAACAAACUAUGUGUGGAUUGGGCUUAACUUUACAUCUCUGAAGAGGACAUGGACCUGGGUGGAUGGUUCUCUGUUAGACUCAAAGACAUUUUUCAUAAAAGGACCAGCUAAAGAAAAUAGCUGUGCAGCCACCAAGGAAAACAAAAUUUAUUCUGAAACCUGCAGCAGUGUUUUCAAAUGGAUUUGUCAAUCAAUCAAUAAUCAAUGAUCAAAGUUUUUUUGCCAACUAGGUUCUAAUAUUAAUCUUAAGGAGUAAGAAUUUAAAACUACAAUUAAAAAAUAGAACUACAAUUAAACAACAAAAUGUCUUCUCCAUUUUCCCUCCAUCAUCUACCUUGGUUCUAACCUUAGAGUACACCAUGUAAACAAUCUAAAAUAGUCCCUUUCAAUGUUUUAUGUGGUAAUAUAAUCCACUGUGAGUCCAUGCCUUCAUACUCAGGAUUUUUAUUCAUUUUUCAUUUUACAGCAAAUGUGAUCAAAUUAUACCUGCUUUUCUGUAUUGUGCUUGUUUAAUUUGUAACAAUAUCCUAUGCAAAUUUCAUAUAAUUCUGAGUUGCACUUUAGUAUGGAUUCAUACAUUUUUUUACUGCUUUGUUGAUGAACAUUAACUUUGUUCUCAAGUUUUUUCUACUGUAAACUAUGCUGCAGUAAACGUUCUGAAUAUCUUUUUAAAAAGUAAUACCUGUUAUUUCUUUGAUAUAAAUCUUAAAACUGGAUUUUAUGACUCAAAAGCAUUAAAUAUGUUGUUUUCUUUAGAUUUCAUACAAUUUUAAUCUAAAUUUAGAAACUAUCAUAAAUUUAUAAGAUUACAGGUACAGGGCAAAAGCACUUUCCUUCUUCCUGAACCUCUUGAGAAUUACUUGUCAGACUGAUACAUUUUAUUAUAAAAUUUCAAGUAUCAUUGGAUACUUUUGUGUAUAUUUUCUACAAAAAAAUCCCUUACUUAAUCACAAUUAAAUGAUCAAAAUUAACAAACUAGCAUUGACACAGUGCUACCAUUCUCAGACUCUCUUUAAGGUUUGCCAAUUGUCUCUAGAGUAAAAGAUCCAGCUCAGAAUCAUCUCCUGCAUUUAGUUAUUAUGUCUCUUUAAUCUCCUUAAAUCUAAAAGAGUUCUUUAGCCUUCCUUGCUAUUCACAACUUGACACUUCUGAAUACUACAACCCGGUUAUUCUGCAAAAUGUUCUUCAGUUUGAAUCUGUCUGAUUAUUUCUCAUGGUUAUAUUCAACUGCUCCUUGGCAGAAACAGUGAGAAGUUCUCACUGCAUCCUUUCCGAUGGCACACACAUUUAUUUGUUCCAUUGUUGAUGCUAUUGACUUUGUUCACAUGCUUAAUCUGAUGUCUAUCAGACUUCACUAUAAAGUUUCUCUUUUCCCUUUGUAAUUAAUUAAUAUUUUGUGGACAGUGACCAAGAUGGUUUUAACAUUCCCUUCAGCUUAACUAAAUUUUAGAAAAGCUUUGUUCUUCCUAUCUAUGAGCCCCUGACCUCAUUUUUAGACCAUUUACUUGAGGAAACUUGUAAUUGGAAAUUCUGUCUCCGCUUCUUUGAGAUGCAAAUCUUUCAAAAAGUUUUUUAAAGGCUUUUCAACCCAGAAAUGUCUCUCUUAAGGACCAGAGAGGUAUUCCUUUGAAAUGUAAUCAAGAAAAGUAGCACCUCUAUUCCUUAGUUUCUGUGGGAAGGUAGGAGGCUAACUUCAGUGGGCAUCUAGAUCCAAGUUGUUAAACUCUUUCCUAUCAUGAGGGGAAGAAUGAAGGGGAGUAAGUCUGACGGGGAGAUGAACCAUGAGAGACGAUGGACUCUGAAAA